GCAGUGACGUCACGGCGCGGCGCGAAGGUCACGGGGCGCGCGGGGCGAUGGCGGCGGCCGGAGGGUGCCGGAAAUGUCUCCUCAGUGGCCUGUGGCUCCUCUCCAGGCGUUAUCCCGGCCCUGCCCUCCCCAGGAGCGCCCUGGACAGGCUCAGCAGCCCUGCCCUGGCCACCCCCCAGUCCAGACGCUGCUCCUCGGGAGGAAGGAAAGGCUUCAUCUCAGGCUUCGUGGAGAACAUCAAGCAGGAGUUAGCCAAGAACAAAGAGAUGAAGGAAAGCAUCAAGAAAUUCCGGGACGAGGCGAAGAGGCUGGAGGAGUCCGAGGCACUGCGGGAGGCCCGGAGGAAAUAUAAAACCAUCGAAUCUGAAACAGUGAAGACAUCAGAAGUGAUUAAAAAGAAACUCGAAGAAAUAACAGGGACAGUUAAAGAGAGCCUGGACGAGGUCAGCAAGAGCGACCUGGGCAGGAAAAUCAAGGAGGGCGUGGAGGAGGCGGCCAAAACGGCCAAACAGUCGGCAGAGUCGGUGACCAGGGGAGGGGAGAAGCUGGGCAGGACUGCAGCCUUCAAAGCCAUCUCCCAGGGAGUAGAAAGUGUGAAGAAGGAGAUAGAUGAGAGUGUUUUGGGACAGACGGGUCCCUACAGGCGCCCGGAGCGGCUUCGGAAGCGCACGGAAUAUUCCGGAGAGAGGAGCAAAGAGCAGCGAGUGUUCGAGGCCAAUGAGGAGGCCAUGGGCAUGGUGCUGCAUAAAGACUCCAAGUGGUACCAGCAGUGGAAAGAUUUCAAGGACAACAACGUGGUUUUCAACAGGUUCUUUGAGAUGAAGAUGAAAUACGACGAGAGCGACAACGCCUUCAUCCGAGCGUCGCGCGCCGUCACCGACCGCGUCACCGACCUCAUCGGGGGGUUGUUCUCCAAGACUGAAAUGUCCGAGGUGCUGACGGAGAUCCUCAGGGUGGAUCCCUCCUUCGACAAGGACCGGUUCCUGAAGCAGUGCGAGCGGGACAUCAUCCCCAACGUCCUGGAGGCUCUGAUCUCCGGAGAGCUCGACAUCCUCAAGGACUGGUGCUACGAGGCCACCUACAGCCAGCUGGCCCAUCCCAUCCAGCAGGCCAAGGCCCUGGGGCUGCAGUUCCACUCCAGGAUCCUGGACAUCGACAACAUCGACCUGGCCAUGGGGAAGAUGAUGGAGCAGGGCCCGGUGCUGAUCAUCACCUUCCAGGCCCAGGUGGUGAUGGUGAUCAAGAACCACCAAGGGGAGGUGGUGGAAGGGGACCCGGACAAGGUGCUGCGGAUGCUCUACGUGUGGGCGCUGUGCCGGGACCAGGACGAGCUGAACCCCUACGUGGCCUGGAGGCUGCUGGACAUUUCCUCCUCCAGCACGGAGCAGGUGCUCUGAGCAGGGCCGGGACCCUCUGGAAGCAGCUCCAGCCCUGGGAGCAGCCCCAGGGGAGCAGCCCGGGCUGGGAGAGCUCCAGUGCCCAUCCCUGAGCAGUGGGGCUGGCUGGGGUGAGCAGCUGCCGGUGCUGCCGUGUCCUCGUGCCUCCGGAGGCUCCCGGGCUCUUCCCGGCGCUGGGAAUCCCCCUGAGCCCCCAUUCCCACCCUCGGAGAUCCCUGGAAAGGCCUCGGAGGCGCUCCUGGCUGCCCACCCUGCUGCCCGAGCUCCAGUCCCUGCCGUGUCUUGCACUUUCCCAAAGCAAAUACAGCCAGGACUUUGCACACGCAGGUGUUGGAUGCUCAGGUGGGUGGCGGGAGGGGAGGUUUGGAUAUCCGGGGCUGAGGUUGGGUUAUCCAGCGUGGCAGGGGCAGCGUUGCUGGUUCUGGGCACAGAGAGGGGCACGGCUGCGUCCCUGGGGGUGGCAGAGGGGCAGGAGAGGAGGAGCAGAGGGGGCGGCAGGAGCGGGGCUGCUUUGGGAAUUCCUCUGUCCUGUCUCAGUCCCAGGAGGAAUUUGGGAAUUUCUUCCCAAAUUUCUUCCCAGAAAUUUGGGUUUGGUGGCCCUCAGGGCAGGGUUUGGUGACUCUGGCAGGGUGUGGUGUCCCUGGCAGGGUUUGGUGUCGCUGGCAGGGUUUGGUGGCCCUGGCAGGGUUUGGUGGCCCUGGCAGGGUUUGGUGGCCCUCAGGGCAGGGUUUGGUGGCCCUCGGGGCAGGGUUUGGUGGCCCUGGCAGGGUUUGGUGGCACUCAGGGCAGGGUUUGGUGGCACUCAGGGCAGGGUUUGGUGGCUCUGUCAGGGUUUGGUGGCCCUGGCAGGGUUUGGUGGCCCUGGCAGGGCUCUCCCGUGCCGGGUGCUGCCGGCGCUGCCCGCGGCCCAUCCCGGUGUCUCCAGGGAAGCGGGGUUGCCAUGGGGAUGGGGACAGUGGGAUGGUGACUCAGAGCCGCUCCCUGCCAGGCUCUGACAUCCCGUGGGCCGCUCCCAGCCCGGCGUGGGGGGCUCGGAGCCCCCACAUCCCCCCCGGGCCACUCCAGACCCCAACCCGGCCUCGGGCACUGCCGGGGGUCCGGAGCAGCCACGGGAAUUCCCUCCAGGGAGGGCUUGGGGUGAGGGGACAGCUUUGGGUGACAGCUUUGGGUGACAGCUUUGGGUGACAGCUCAGCCCAUUCCGGAGUCCCUGAUCCCGGGGCUGCCCCUGGCUGAUCCCGGGGCUGAUCCCGGAGCUGAUCCCAGGGCUGAUCCUGGCUGAUCCCGGGGCUGAUCCCGGAGCUGCCCCUGGCAGGGCUGGGCUGUCCCGUCCCUCUCUGCUGCCCCGAGGCUCUCGGGCUCCCCCGGUCCUGCAGCGCUGCAGUUUGGACCCCCAGCCCUGCCCUGAGGGGUUUGUGCAGGCAGUUCCCGGUUCCCUGCUGGGUUUGGGUGGGAUGUGGUGGCCGGGGGGGCUCUGAGCCGGCCCCGCUGAUCCCCCCCUGCUCCUCUUCCUCCCUCCGAUGCGUUUCUGAGGGAUGCAGCCCCUGCUGCCGAGGGAAAUUGUCCUCCCUGGGCCUUUCUGGCACAGGGGCUCCUCUUUCCAGCCCUCAGCACACAAAACAUCCCUGCCAAACGCGGGGAGAGCUGUGCCAAGCCCGGAGCACCAACCUCAUUUAAGAACAAUUCAUUAGAGGGGGAGGUUUUUUGAAUGAGGUGUUUUUCAUCUGGGGAGGGAGCUGGGACAGAUCCACGGAGCAGCCGCCUCCUGUGCUGCCUCUCCAGAGCUCAGCUCCUCUGCCAAAGCCUCGGAGAUGGUUUUUCCUUUUUUUUAUUUGUGGUGAAUGGUUCCAAAAUGAUUCUCCUCCUGUCUCAGAUCAGCUCCAAGAGCUGCGAGUUCUCCCCGGAGCUGCUGGAGGGAGCGGGGGCUUUGUCAGCCUCGGCGGAGGGAUGAGUUACUGAGGGAUGUGGGGUUUGUUCCUGCCAAUUAAAAUUAAUAAAUAAAGCUUGAUUAAGGCAAAA